AUGCCUUUAGCAGGCCAGGCUGUGGUGCGGUAUAGGAUGAGAAGAGUGAGCGACAACAGAGAUUCGCCCGUCUUGACGGACGGUCACAGUGACGCGGACCGGGCGGAGGAAGAUCCCUUCCCGGGCGGCGCUCACCACGCGGGCUUGGACCCGGCCCGCAGGCACAGGACCGCCUUCACGCGGGAGCAGCUCGCCCGCCUCGAGCAGGAGUACUGCAAGGAGAGCUACGUCUCGAGACCCAGGAGGUGCGAGCUGGCCUCCGCGCUCGGUCUGCCCGAGACCACGAUUAAAGUCUGGUUCCAGAACAGAAGGAUGAAAGACAAGCGACAGAGACACACCCUGAGCUGGCCUCACCCGCUGGACCCCAGCCUGUAUGCCUACAUGAUGACCCAGGCAGCCGCCAGCCUCCCCUACUCCUCCGUCCUGCCUCACGUUCCCCUGCACCUCUACUCGCACCUGGGUCUGAGCGCCCCUGUGGCCCCCGGCCCCUUCACCGGACCACCAAGGCUCUCCCACUCUCCGUACCCGAGGCCAGACCUCCUGGCGGGGUUCCACCACCCCUCACUCUACCCCGUGGUUCCCCCCUCCCUGCACCAUCACCCCAGCUCCUGUCCGUGCCUCCUGUGCAGCAGGAGCUCCUUGAACCAGAGGGGGAUGGAGUCUACCAGGGGCCAGGCGCCCCAGGGAGACAGCCUGCUGCACCUCGCCCCCUCCAUUGUGAAACCCACAGCCCUCUCCUUGGACAGGAAAGCGGAGAUGCCCUUGUCAAGAUGA